AUGUCGAGCGGCUCCGAAAUGCAGUACCUGGCGCCCGUCGUUGCCAGCGGCCGGAGUUCGCGCACUUUUGUCGUCGACCACACCGAUUCGAAAUCGGAGCAAUUACUUCAGCUCAUCCUCGACGAGCUGCAAUCGUCGCACAACAAGCUCAACGCCCCUCGCGAUGUGCCCCGAAUUGAGACGCAGGACUUCGCCCCAGCGCAGUCCGGCUUGCCUCGAGCCACGACCAGUAGCAGCGCUUCCUCCUCGACGUCUCCUACAGGCUCAUGCGAAGAUAAAUUCUACGAGAAAUUCUUCGCAGCUGUCGUUGCCUUUGCAGCCUUUGGCGGGUCCAUCACAUUCCAGUGUAUCUUCCAAGCUGUUCCCGAGACGACGGAGAACCCGGACGUUCCUCCAGAGCACUCCCGGACAUUCAUUGCAAUCAGCUGGGUGCUCUUUACAAUGGACCUGGGUCUUGCCAGUAUCUUGCUCGCAGCCAUGUAUGUGCACAAGGCGUGGUACAAAAAGCGGCAAACGACCAAACAGACACACUGGACCCGGUUUCGAUUCGAGGUUUUCCGAUAUGUGAACCUCAUCGCGGCUCUGGUUCUACCCUUGGGUUCGGUGGCGGCGUUAGCGUUUGCGGCACUUGCUGUGUCCGUCUGGUCAGUGCGUGUGGGCAAGACGGCAUUGGUCUCAGUCAUUAUUUUAGGGGUAGCCAUCCUAAUUUUGUGGAUUGGCUUCUGCAUCAGGCAGUUCUGUACCAGAAAAAGAAGAGGCCAAGAUGCCGGGGCAGUGGUCUAG